UCAUGCAUCAUCAUUUGCGAGGGUUAGGCGAUUCUCCCAUCCCAUACAUGAUAUAUGCCGAUCCUCCUGCGACCUUUUCCGCCGAAGACUAACAAAGAAAGAGAGUGGGAAUGGCUUGUAAGAGAGAGUUGUUGCUGCUCCAGCUGUUGUUGAUGCUGCUGGUAGCAUCAUCCUCAUCGGAGCAGCUGGCGUUGCCCGGCUGCCCUGAUAAGUGCGGCAACAUCGCCGUCCCCUACCCUUUCGGCAUCGGACCGGGCUGCUUCAGAGGAGGCUUCGACAUCAUCUGCGACGGCGGCAGCCCGAGAGCUCUCAUCCCGGAUUUGGCCCUGGAAGUCGAGAUCACCCAUAUAUCAUUAGCACCAGCCGAGGUCCGUGCGACCAUACCCAUGUCCUACCAGUGCUACAACGAGACCAGCAUGGUCCUCAAACAAACGCCCAAGGUCAACCUCGCGCCGCGGCCAGCCUACGUUUUCUCGAGCACCCGCAACAAGUUCACCGCCUUGGGCUGCUUCACUCUGGCGCAUCUGGCUGCCUACACCGAGGAGGAUGACUACCAAUACGGUGGUGGCUGCGUGUCCUACUGCUGGAAUGAGGCGAGCAUCACUAAUGGCUCCUGCUCCAACAUGGGCUGCUGCCAGACUUCCAUCCCAGAGCAGCUAAACUACCUAGAUAUCUACUUCCGAAACUACGACUACAGCAAAACUUGGAAUAUCAGUCCCUGCAGUUAUGCCUUCCUGAUAGCCCAGGACUCGUAUAACUUCAGCAGAUCCGAUCUCUCCUAUGAUUUCGCCGUCAAGCACCACAAUAAUACCCCGGUGGUGCUGGAUUGGGCCAUAAGGAACCAGUCGUGCCGGGUUGCAAGAGCGGAUCCAACGACCUAUGCAUGUCGCAGCAACAACAGCGUGUGCAAGGAUGCAAGCAAUGGCCCGGGACAUACCUGCAGCUGCUUGCCGGGAUAUGAUGGCAAUCCCUAUCUUAUCAAUGGAUGCCAAGACAUCGACGAGUGCAAGCUCCCGAAGCAGUAUCCUUGCCAUGGGAUUUGCGUUAACAAACCAGGGACCUAUACCUGCACGUGCCCUCCCGGAACCCAGGGUAACGCAACGAUAGAAAGUUGCACGCCACUCCGAGGCAAAGACCAGUUUCUCUUGCCAACGAUGCUGGCUGGAGGCUUCGGUGUUGGCAUUUUCUUCAUGGUUCUCAUUUGCUUUAUACGUGCAAAGAGAAAGCUCGUUAGGACCAAGCAAAGGUUCUUUGAGCAAAAUGGAGGGUAUCUACUACAGCAACAGAUCAGUUCGCAAAGUGUUGCAUUUAAGAUUUACACGGUUGAAGAACUGAAAAAAGCAACGGACAAUUUUAGCACAAACCAGAUACUAGGACAAGGAGGCUUUGGCACCGUCUAUAAAGGAACUUUGGAAGACGAAAGAAUAGUAGCCAUCAAGAAGCCUAAGAAAAUGGAACAGGACCAAAACGAAGAAUUUGCGAAGGAGAUGUUUAUCCUUUCCCAAAUAAACCACAAAAAUGUGGUUAAGCUCUUAGGCUGCUGCUUGGAAGUUGAAGUUCCCAUGUUGGUUUAUGAAUUUGUCUCCAACGGCACCCUUUUCAACCACCUCCAUGGGCACAAUCAGUAUUCCCCACUUAACUUGGAUGUGCGUCUCACGAUUGCUGUAGAGUCUGCAGAGGCACUCGCCUAUCUGCACUCGUGGGCCUCUCCACCUAUCGUGCAUGGUGAUGUAAAGUCUGCUAACAUACUCCUAGACGAGAAAUUUACUGCAAAAGUGUCUGAUUUUGGGGCUUCAAGGCUUGUUCCCAAUGAUCAAACUCAGUACGUUUCAGUAAUUCAAGGAACCUGGGGUUAUUUGGAUCCAGAAUUCCAAGCAGAAGGCCGAUUAACUAACAAGAGUGAUGUUUAUAGUUUUGGGGUGAUUCUUCUGGAGCUUCUGACGGGGAACGAAGCAAUUUGCGUUGAGGGAUCACAGGAAAAGCGUAGCCUUAUAUCAUGUUUUGAGAGAGCAAUGAACGGGGAUAGGCUUCUGCAAAUUGUGGACAAUCAAGUUAAGGAUGAAGGAAGACCAGAGUUAUUCGAACAUAUUGCUGAGCUUGCAAUGCAAUGUUUAAAUAUGAGGGGGGACGAUAGGCCCACCAUGAAAGAAGUAGCGGAGGAGCUCGAAAAGCUUAGAAAAUGGCGGCAUUCAUGGGAGCAAAAUGAUCCCGAGGAAACAGAGAGCUUACUUGAUACAAGUGAUCCAAGGACAAGAUUGCCUCAUACUUGUUGAAUUAAACAUCUACGAAGCAUUUGUUCUUUUUCUUUUUUUUUUUUUUAAAUGCUGCUACGACAUCCUAUGCUAAGAAUAAAAGUUGCAGUAAGUACUUGAUUUAAUAGUUUGAACCAUGAGUUCUUAUUUCAA